GAAGUCAGUUUAUCAUGGAACUUCAGUGAUAAAACGUCGCAAUGAAAUAUUCCGCAAUUCUUGGUGUCUUUCUAACCUACAGUGCAUCUUGUUUAGCCGCCAGCUCCAUUUGCGUAUCCCACAGUGACUGUGGAGGAUGCCUCCAGGCUGACUUCACCUGUUCCUGGUGCACUGAUCGCAACUACGACAUGCGAAAGGUGCGUUGCAUGACCAAAGCAGAUCUCAUUGAAUCGGGAUGCCGUCCGGAUUUCAUCCUUUCCAAUGUGAAACACGAAGUGGAAUACGUGAAAAAUGAACGACCAAUGGAUUUCACUAAAUCCAAUCCUAAUGCCAUCCAGAUUCAGCCACAGCACCUUAAGUUAAAGCUGCAAAAACAACGCACCCAGACUAUUAAAAUGACAUACAAGCCGGCGAAGAAUUAUCCAUUGGACUUGUACUACCUUAUGGACCUCACAGUGUCCAUGAGAGAUGAUAAGGAUACUCUGGUCACAAUGGGAGGCAGCCUGGCCAAUGCUCUCUAUGAACUAACUGAGAAUUACAGACUGGGAUUUGGGAGCUUUGCUGACAAGCCCAAAAUGCCAUUUAUCUUCCCGGAUGAGAAGUACGUGGACAAUCCUUGUGCUCCCGAAAAGGAAGUCUGCGAACCGGCUUACGGCUUCCGCCACAGACUCAGUUUCACGGAAAACAUUGAGAGAUUCGUUGAGAAGGUGAAUUCGAGCGAUGUAACAGGGAAUGUGGACAAUCUGGAGGGUGGCCUGGAUGCCCUGAUGCAGAUAUUGGUGUGCGGUGAUAAGAUUGGAUGGAAGGAAAGAGCACGUAAGAUUAUCGUCCUUGCAUCCGAUGGAUUAAUGCACUUUGCAGGAGAUGGAUUGCUAGCUGGCAUUGUGAUGAAGAAUGAUCAAUUGUGUCAUCUGAGUGAGGAGGGAGAGUAUCUAGCCUCUACUAAAAUUGAUUAUCCUUCCGUUGAGGAGAUCUACAGGACUCUGGCCAAGCACAAAGUCAGCAUAAUAUUUGCAGUAACCAGAGAUGUACACAGUCAUUACGAUCAGAUUCACAAUCUUCUCUAUGGAAUGUCCAGUGUUGGAACAUUGAUGUUGGACUCAUCGAAUAUCCUGGAACUUGUCCGGGAUGGCUACCAGGAAUUCGUCAAACAAGUAGAAUUCUUUGACAAUGCUCCUCCUCACAUUAGAAUCGAUUAUGAGACAAAUUGUGGAGGAUUCUACAAGUUCCGGAAAACCCAGAGGCGGUGUGAUAAUGUAGAAAUUGAUAAGAACUACGAGUUCUACAUCAACAUCACCCUCCUGGACAUCCCCGAGGACGGAAGGACAAAGGACACCGUUCGAAUUGAAGAGUCUCACAUUACUGAUGAAUCCUUAACCCUCGACAUAGAAAUUGAGGAUGAUUGCAAGUGUCUGAAGCUGGAAGAAGGUGAAGCAGGAAGUCCACUGUGCAAUUACAAUGGCGAAAUGAGGUGUGGAAUGUGCCUCUGUGACUCAGGAUGGACCGGAAGGCAGUGCGAGUGUGAUUUGUCGGAUUUCAACAGUUACAGGGCUCUGGAGAACAACUGCCGAAUGCCAAUAGUUGAUCCGGCUACCAAUGAGACGACGUACGGACCAACUUGUUCAGAUCGUGGGCAGUGCAUCUGCGGAGAGUGCUUCUGUAAUGCUGAAGUCGACGGGAAGUACUGUGAAUGCCAGGCCUGUCCCCUAAACAAGGGCAAGGAGUGUUCAGAUCAUGGUACUUGUGAUUGUGGAGUAUGCAAGUGUCAUCCCAGUUGGACAGGAGAUCAAUGUCAGUGUCCAGCCACUUCAGUUUGCUUUGCACCCAAUUCUGAUGUCGAGUGUUCAGGCAAGGGAAAAUGCGAGUGUGGCAGAUGUGUCUGCAAUUCCGGAUCAAUUGGGAAGUUCUGCGAGAGCGAAAGCACCGAAGGAUCAUCCCUGUGCGCCUUCUACGAAGACUGCGUUCUCUGUCUAAUUCAUCGAUACGAAGGAGAAGAAUGUCAGAAUGUCAAGGAGCUAUGUUCCUCCAAGGAUGGUCAUGAGUAUCACUAUGAAUUUAUCCAGAGGCAGCCAGAUGUCUCCGAGAUUCGUUGCGUCGUGAACACCAAGCAUAAAAGCGAUCCCAACAUAACUUGUCGACAUGAGUUUGUCUACGAUAACACCAUGGAUGGUGAAACAUUCCUGAAGAUCCUGCACAGAAAUUGUCAACCUGUGAAUACAGCAUUUAUAUCAAUAAUGGUGAUCAUUGCAACAAUAAUUGUUGGACUCUUUAUAGUUCUCGUGAUAAAAUGCCACAACAUUGUGCAAGAUCGCAGGGAGUGGGCUAAGUUUGAGGAAGAACGACAGAAUACGCAGUAUCAUGAACUAAAUAGAAUUUAUAAGACACCUAUAACUAAAUUUGAGGUUCCAGAAGAAUACAGGCAAUCGCUACCUGAACCAACUUUCGAAGUCCUGGAUUCGCCAACGAAAUCGAGUAUUUGAGAUCUUUUAUGUAAUAUCAUUCAGUUUCACCAACAUUUUUGGAUUAAAACUUUUUUUAAAUACAAAGAAA